CUGUGUGGAAUUGGGUUCCCCUGCUGCUGUAGAUCCGAAUUUGAGUACGACGGCGUUUUGUAGAUUCGUGAGGAUUGAGGAUGAUGGGUACGAAGAAAGCAGGGUACGGUUGGGCAGUGUCAGCGGGGCUCAACGCCGCUCUAGCUGCCAUAUCCGCCAAGCUUUUUAGCUCUCAUCAGAUAAUCAGGUAUGGUUUGGUACUACUGUUCAACCUCACAAUGUGGGGAUGUUAUGUCAACAGCCUUAGAGCUCUCUCUUCUCUUCAAGCUACGGUCACCAAUUUUGCUACCAACUUUCUCACUUCUGGCCUAGCUGGGUACUUUUUGUUUGAAGAACCAUUACCAUUUCAGUGGUUUUCAGGUGCCACGCUUAUUGUAGUUGGGGUCCUCAUCCUUAGUAAAUCAAGUAUUCACAAGAACAAGGCUAGGACAGAGUAAUUGACGUUUUCUUUCUGUAUCAAUAGAUCAAUCUCAUUCAGUUUAAAACUAAAAUACAAAAUAAAUGUUGUGUUCCAGGA